AUGUCUGCACGCCCUCUGAUUGUUGUCGCUGGUGUUGGUGCUGGAAAAGGCACUGGUGGAUCGACCGCUCGCCUCUUCGCGAAGGAGGGCUACCGCGUCGCGCUCAUCGCCCGCGGCGCCGACUCGCUCAACGCACUCGCGGCCGAGAUCAACCAAGCAGGCGGCGAGGCGGCCGCGUUCCCGAUCCCCGAGUACUCGUACAAAGGCGUGCUCGUCGUCUUCGACAGCAUUCUCUCCCACACGUGGCCCUCCCCGGGCGCGACUGAGCUCCGCGUCGCGCUCUGGAACGCGAGCGCGGGCGCGUUCAAGAACUUCCUCGACGUGACGGAGGAGGACAUCCAGAACUCGGUGAACCUGAACGUCGUCGCGUCCUUCGCGUUCUCGCGCCGCGCCGUGCUCGCGUUCAAGGAGAACACGUUGGACGCGAACGGGGCGCGCGGGACGCUGCUGUUCACGGGCGCGACGGCGGCGAUUCGCGGGAACACGUGGACGAGCGCGUUCGCGGCGGGCAAGUUCGGGCUGCGGGCGUUGAGCCACAGUCUCGCGAAGGAGUUCGGGAAGGAGAACAUCCACGUCGCGCACGCGAUCAUCGACGGAGUGUUGAAGCGCGAGCGUCACGGGUCCAAGCCCCUCGAGGAGGGCCAGGAGGAAGCGAACGUUCGUCUCAACCCCGACGCGAUCGCAAAGACGUACAAGCACCUCGUCGAGCAGGAUCGCUCCAGCUGGUCUUGGGAGAUUGACUUGCGUCCCGCUCACGAGAAGUGGUGA